UUAGCUCGAAGUCGCUCUGAACCGGUCAAUACUCUGAGCAACGCAGUGGUGACGAUGACAACGACGGUCUGAGAGAGGGAGAAAAGAAGUAGAAAGGGCCGUAUGAAUGAGAAAGACGUAAGGAAUAUAGUAUAGGAUCGAGAGAGUGCGAGCGGACAUCGUGGCUACUCACAAAGCAAGCGGUAUUAUACGUGAACGAAGCGCACCCAGCAGCGUGAAUCUCUCUUCAGUAGUAGACUUGGCGUUCUCUGAAUAUAAAGCGUAUUAUACGCAACGCGCGUUGGUGUCUCCUCCGCGGAGAGUAGCACCGCGGCUACAACCACAUCACGACAUAGGAUUCUAGUGCACGUAAUCAGGCGUGCACUUGACAUAACGUAAAUGUUUUCAUCAAUUUGCGUGUGACCACAUUGAGAGAAGAUAAAUAUUACAUGUAAUUUCUAAUACUAGCAAGCUACUGAUCAUCCUCAACAGAACAAAAUUCUUGAAAUUCUUGCAAGAUAUUCAAGACAUGCUUUUAUUUCAGGACAUUCAUUAUUAUUAUUAUUAAAACACAUCGAAAGAUGGAAAUGAAUCGCGAGACUUGAGUGACUGUGACAUAAGUGUUGUGUGUCGGCAUCAAUAAGAUUACGAUUUUUUGGAGCAAAGAAAAGGUUGAGAAGAAGGGCGUGACGUUUUUGGUGAAAAGUUUUGAAUAAGAAGAGUUAAGUGCUAUCAAGUACAACCUUGGAAUUUUCAUUCAGCACAGUACUACCAAACUUCCAUGUGAAUGUGUGUUAAAUCUCAGGCUUUCUGUCAGAUGCAUAACACUGUGCUGUACACAUCAUGUGCAUCGUCUGACGACUGCUAAGCUAAUAUCUUAUCGCAUAUUUUUACUACUAACAAAUCAUGGGUUCUUACGUGUUUCUUCUCCUUCUUGUUUUGGAUGUUGUAUCAUCAGUAGAGGUACACUUUGAAAACAAAGAUAGUGGAUUUUUCUUAAAACACACACCUCGACAAUAUACCUCAACACGCGGGGAAAAUGGACAGAAUGGAAUACCAGGUGUUUUAGGAACUCCAGGAGCAUCAUCACCAACAUUGUCUAGUUCUAUUCUCUCGAUAGAUAAAUUUACCGUCUUCCAGACAAGUGAACCUGCAUCAGUAAGAGCCACGUAUGGACCAUUUAGUACAAAACAAACGGUUCCAGCACGUUAUAUAGUACCGGAUUUACUGGAGGCUCUUCCUGAAUCUGAAACUCGUCGGAACAUUACUGCACCAUCAAAUGCAGCAUUGAUCGAUGCUCAGGAACUAGGUGCUAGGCAUCUGGAUAUGUCAGCACAUUUAGUAGGUACAAGUGUGUCACGUGAUUUACCAGUUUUGCGGGUACUUUUUCAUGCUGGUAGUGAAGCGGGUGGAAGACGUCAACUACUUCCUCGUCAUCAACGUGUUUGUGUUCUAUUGCACGCGACAUUACCUGACAAGAAUCCUUUGACUGCUACUUGUAGUCCUGAUGGAGAAGAUGGUGUUUGUCUAGCUCAAAUUACUAUUCCUGCUGACUGGUGGCCUCCACUUCAACCCCCAGAUGCUUCUGGUCGGAUAAAAAUUUUUAAAACACCGCCCAAGUUUGUUCAAGUUGCCUAUUCAGUGUUAGAACCUAGAUCUGUCGUUCUCUCUGAUAAUGGUAUGAGUAGUGAUUCUUUCCCAAGCAUCCCAAGAACCCAAACAGAAAGUUUAGCAGGGGGUGGAUGUCGACCUAGAGUACAAAUACAACCUGUCACACCACUUGGGAAAAUUCCUCUUGUACCUAACAAGGCUGAUUAUAAAGAAGUUAAAGCGGACGAUUCUUUGACACUUCUUGUACCACAUGGACCUUUAUAUCCCAGGUCAAGACUUCACGUGCCAGUUUUUCUUCAUCCACGUAAUAUUGUCGCUGUUGAUACUACUUCAGGAUCAUCAGUUGAAGAAAAAGAUAUUGUUAUUAGUCCACCUAUUGUCUCUGUGGUUUUAAGAGCACGAGCAAAAUCAGGCGUGAGAAUCUUGGAUGCAUCUUCAAGUAGUUCGAAUUGGAUUUUAAGUUCAGACAUUAAUGCAAAAAAUACUGCAGCUACUUUUAUCAUAAAACGAAAAGAAAAUUCUUCUCGUGCAUUUAAUACUUCUGCUGAAGAGAUUAUGACGAUGUUACUGGAAGCGAGUGAAGAGGGUGAUGGCAAUAACAGCUGGGAUGAUGGUCGGAUCAUGUGGAGUGUUCGGUAUACUUUGGAAGGAGAUGAAAACGAUCCCACGAUGCAGACCCGUACCGGUAUGUCUGAACAGAUGCAGGUGCAACGUCAACAGCAGCAUCAUCAUCAUCACCAUGUCGAGAGGAGAAAAUUGGGUGCAAGGCUGGAGAUACAAAAAGAUGACAUACAGGCCGUUUUGCCAAUUUCUAAAAACUGGGAAGUGAUGAAUACUGCAGUAUUAACUGGUCGUCAAGUGUCUCAAACAAUGAAAGUUUUUAUUAUCAGCCAAGCAGGAACAGUUGCUGACGUAACACUUCAAUCAUCAUGCCACUCUGAAGAUGAAAGUGUUCUUAAGGUUUCCUCUUCAUGCAGCAGCGUCUAUGUAGAUGGAUCUGAAAUAAGAGGAUCUAGUAAUGCAUCAGUGCUAGUAAAAUAUGGUACAUAUAUAGGACUAGCAAGUUUUACAGUCUGGAUGCCUGAAUUCCCACUCGAAGUAACUGUGAGUGAUUCACGAUUAAGCCAAAUCAAAGGUUGGAAAAUACCGGAGGGUUUUUCAGUUUCGAAGAAUAAAAGAAGUCUAAAUCAGACUAGUCUAAGUAUCAAAGCUAGUGAUGCUCCUGAAAAAGUGAAAAGAAGUAUGACGGAAAUGGAUGAUAAAGAAGAUGAAGAGGACAUUGAUGACGUCGAUAUUGAGAGAUUUAGAGUCGACGACAGAUGGGACACUGUCAAUGCUAUUGACCGAAGUUCACUACAGUCUACUUGUCGUCUACGAUUUCAACAAAGUCCUGUUGAAGUUCAUGCAAGAUUUUUAGCCGCAGGACAUGAUUCAGGACGAGAAUCCUAUUUUGUAAAUCGUCGAACAUGGCUCAGAGUUACAGAUUUAGUGAUCGGACUUAUUCGAGUAUCUGACCCACGUAUUGCAUCUCUUCUUCAAGAUCGAAUUAUUCAGGGGCGUGGAGUUGGUCGAACUGAAGUUCAAGUUCUAUCUCCUAUCACGGGUAGAGUAAUAGGAGCAAAGGAGAUACGUGUAGGUAAUGAUCGAGUAUCUAUUUCCCGCUUAUCCGUAAAAGUUGUGUCUGGAUUACAACUUACCAUUAGCCCUGACUCAACGAUCGAAAACGGAUACAUUGCGGAGACAUCUGUCACUCGGAGACUUACUGCUCAAUAUCAGGAGGGAUUGUUGGAUAUAGAAAUAGAAUUUUCUGAUGGCACAAAGACUCCGUUGCGUGAAAUAGCAGUGAGUGACUACCAUCUGACAGUGGAGAGCCUUGACCCCGAAGUAGUAGCAUUCGCACCAAUGGUUGCUUCACAUCAUCCACGUGUGAUAGCAGUUGGAGAGGGUCAUGGAGACUUAUUACGUGUAACCCUUUUCUUAGCAGAAGCUUGUAGACCAGUAGGAGGUGGUAGGAGAUCAAAAGGAUCUUCAAGGACAAAUAAUGUAUCACCAGCACUAGCUACGGCAAUGGCAAAUGUUGAGGUCGAUUUUGCGUUGAGCGACCUUCCGCAUCGACCCGAAUUCGUACAAAACGACGGUGGGGGUACAGUUCAAGGUAUUUCCUCUCACCACCAUAGGGAGCGUAAAACUGGUCGCGAAGUCGCUCCAGAUCUGCACGAUAUUCUCAUUGGUGGAGUUGGCGGUGUUGGCAUCCGCCAUCAUAAUGGAAAUCACAUGACACCAUUAGAAAUUGGGAUGUACGUGCUGUUAGCAGCAUUCUGUUUUGCUAUUGUUGUCUUUGUGAUAUCUUGUGUUGUAUACGCAAAUAAAUUCAAGCCACAUCCGUCGGAUUCACCAAUGACAAGUCUCCCAAUGCUUGGUGCAGUCAGAGCUAAAGCUGCGGCAGCAAGCCAACUAGCAUCAAGUCGUAGGCCUCGUGAAUCAACGACCAAUGCUCACGACUGGGUAUGGCUUGGACGGGCGACACUUGAGCGUGCUGCUUGUGCUCCUCAACAGGUACGUGUGACGAAUAAUCCUUUAGCUGGUGAAAUCGAGCAAGAUGCUACAAUAGACUUAGGAACAAGUUUUGAUAAUCCGAAUCACAUUGAACUGCCAACAACCAGUCGUCCAACUUCGUUUCCUAUAGAUACCACAACUUACUGUAAGCGAGAUAAAGCACCAAAAAGUUUUGUUGAGCAGUUAAGGAGUUCAACUAAAUUCCAAGCGUUAGCAGUGGCAAAUACUUCAUCUCCGUACUAUGGAAAUGACAACACAAAAGACGUUCCUCCACCUCUACCACCUCAUGGUAGAUCUGUCGGAUUUUCAGCUAUAGAUAAUACAAAUAAUAACAAUAAUGACAACAAUAUGAAUAAUAAUAAUACUAAUAAUAACAAUAAUAAUAACAAUAAUAAUAAUAGCAGCAGCAACAACAACAAUAAUAAUAACAAUUACAAUAAUAAUAAUUAUCCUAAUAAUAUAAGUAAUAAUAAUAACAAUAAUAAUGAUGAAGAUUACAAACCACCAGUUCCACCUCAUCGAAACACUGGCGUCAAUGUACGUCUCCCAGAAACACCAAAGAAACACGUUAGAGUGUCCAGUAGUAAUCAUCAUGGAAAUCAUCGACACGCAAAACAUCAUCAUCACCACUUGGCAAAAAAUCACAAUAAAAAUAAUAUAAAAACAGAAAAGUUAUCACCAAUUGCUGUGGAAAAUGAAAAGAAAUUUGUAGAGCUUAGAAAUCCAGAAAAUAAAACAAAUAAAGAGUCGAAGACUGCAAGGGAAAUAAAGAGGGCGACAAUAGUUGGAAAUCCAAUGUUCUCAUCAUCGUCGUCGUCAAGUUCUUCUUCAUCAACUCAAGAUAUUGAAGAGCCAGCUGUACUUGAUGAUCUUAAUCUAGGAAUGGAUUACAAUCAAAUUAUGCAGUAUUUUGAUAACUUAAAAGAAUCAAAUGCCUAGGUAACAGCUCGGCUGCACAACUUGGUAGAUUGGGCUAAGUCCAUCUAACAUUCUCAAUAAUUUAAUUGACGUGCAGCCUCUCCUUUAUAAAAAAAAAACACAUUUUGUCCUUCCAAAAUUGAUACCAAUUAUCAACUUGAUUAAUAUAUGUCAACGGGAUUGUUUCAAGAUACUCCCAAGUGAGAACGUGUGUGACGUGAAAUGUGUACGUAUAGCUACGUAUUCAAAUGAGUCACCAGAAAUUAUACAAAUAUAAUAUAACACUAAUGUAUUCUAGUCAGCUUCCUAGCAGCACUUAAAUUAAUGCAUAUAUUAAAGGUUUUAACCCUUCACUGGUACUGCGACUAAAUAUUAUUAUUAUUAUCAACUGUAUUAUCAAUUAUUUUGUUAUUAUUGUUAUUAUUUUUUAUUAUUAUUCUAUUGACUAUAUUAGUAAAUUUUUUUUUGGAAAAGUAUGAUCAUUGUUUAGAUUUCAUAAUUUCUUUGAAGGGUGUUUAUAAUAAUGACUUCAUCAAAGACUGAUAAAAUUCACGAUCGAAUCGAUGAAGUUACAGAUGUCUACGUCCAAGUCAUACCAGUAGCUAGUGUUAGAGGUUUUUGCCAUUAAUAGUGCUAUUUUAAUUCAAGCAGUUUACUAUUUAUUUAAUUUAGUUAUUUAUUUAUUUAUUUAUUUGUCGAAAAAGACAACUCAUAAAAGUGAUAAAUAUAAUUAAUCAUUCUAGCAAAGUAAAUAUAAUUAUGGAAAUAAUUUUAUUUUUAUUAUUAAUUAAUCAAUUGACUUGGUAAUUGAGUGAAAUUGUACAUGUGUAGUAUAAAUAACGAGUAUCAAUAAUGACGACAAUAGCACAAUCAAUUACAAAAUUAAAUUUUUAUAAAUAUUAUUAUUAUUUUGAUGACUGAAGUAAUUAAAUACGCAUAGAGUAACGAAUAAAAGAAAAACUAUAACGGAAAUAUUCUUGUCUUUGAAUAAUAUAUCUUUUCUACAUGCGAGUCAAGAUAUUACUUCUAAAAUUAAAUAAUAAUUCAAAGAGAUUGAUGAAAAGAUACCAGUCCAGGGUUAAAGAAAAUUCGGUGGCUUAUUGUACGUAGAUUGCUAUAAAAACAAAAAAUUUAACCAGUUAAUAUCGAAUCUCAAGUUCUUCCGUUUUUAAGUGGUGCAAAAUGAUAGAUAAAUCAGCGCAGGGAUCUCUUAGUCAAUAAUUUUUCAAAUACAUUAGCACUUAUAGUUAUUUAUUUAUUCAUCGAAAUCAGUUGAGUGUCAUGACACUCUGGGUUUUUCUCAUCAUAUCACGAUA